CCGCACGCGCGCGCAGGUGCGUGAGGCCGCGCCCGCCGGGAACCCUGCAGACGCGGGCCGCCAUGGAACACAUCCGUACCCCUAAGGUUGAAAAUGUGCGCUUGGUAGACCGAGUGUCUUGUAAAAAAGCAGCGCUGGGAACUUUGUAUCUGACGGCCACUCACGUCAUAUUCGUGGAAAAUGCACCCGACACAAGGAAAGAAACCUGGAUACUUCACAGUCAGAUCUCCACCAUUGAAAAGCAGGCGACGACAGCUACGGGCUGCCCUCUACUCAUUCGCUGCAAGAACUUUCAGAUUGUACAACUUGUCAUACCGCAGGAGAGAGACUGCCACGACGUGUACGUCUCUCUGAUACGCCUUGCGCGGCCAGUGAGAUACGAGGAGCUAUAUUGCUUUUCCUUCAACCCCAAGCUGGAUAAGGAAGAACGAGAGCAGGGCUGGUUGCUGGUUGACCUUAGUGAAGAAUACAAGCGAAUGGGCCUCCCGGAUAAUUAUUGGCAGCUCAGCGAUGUGAAUAGAGACUACAGAGUUUGUGACUCUUACCCCACGGAACUGUAUGUCCCCAGAUCGGCCACAGCACACAUCAUCGUGGGCAGCUCCAAGUUCCGGAGCAGACGGCGAUUUCCUGCCCUUUCCUACUACUGCAAAGAAAGCCAUGCCUCCAUCUGCAGGAGCAGCCAGCCCCUUUCCGGCUUCAGUGCUCGGUGCCUGGAGGAUGAGCAGAUGCUCCAAGCCAUCAGGAAAGCCAAUCCCAGAAGUGACUUCAUUUACGUCGUGGACACGAGGCCUAAACUUAAUGCAAUGGCAAAUCGUGCUGCAGGGAAAGGCUAUGAGAAUGAAGACAAUUAUUCCAAUAUCAAGUUUCAGUUUAUUGGGAUAGAGAACAUCCACGUCAUGAGGAACAGUCUUCAGAAAAUGCUGGAAGUAUGUGAACUUAAAUCUCCAUCCAUGAGUGAUUUCCUGUGGGGGCUCGAGAACUCAGGCUGGCUGAGGCAUAUCAAAGCCAUCAUGGACGCAGGGAUCUUCAUUGCAAAGGCAGUUUCAGAGGAAGGGGCAAGUGUGCUUGUCCACUGUUCUGACGGUUGGGACAGAACGGCCCAGGUGUGCUCGGUGGCAAGCCUGCUGCUGGACCCUUACUAUCGGACUCUGAAAGGAUUCAUGGUGUUAAUUGAAAAGGACUGGAUUUCCUUUGGACAUAAAUUUAAUCAUAGAUAUGGCAAUUUAGAUGGUGACCCAAAAGAAAUCUCUCCAGUAAUCGACCAGUUCAUCGAGUGUGUCUGGCAGUUAAUGGAACAGUUCCCUUGCGCCUUUGAGUUCAAUGAGAGGUUUUUGAUUCACAUUCAACAUCAUGUUUACUCCUGCCAGUUUGGGAACUUCCUGUGUAAUAGCCAGAAGGAGAGACGAGAACUCAAGAUUCAAGAAAGAACUUACUCUUUGUGGUCGAACCUGUGGAAGAAUCGGGCUGACUACCUCAAUCCUCUGUUUAGAGCUGACCACAGUCAGACCCAGGGGAGCCUUCAUCUGCCUACAGCUCCAUACAACUUCACAUAUAAGUUUUGGAAUGGGAUGUAUAACCGCUUUGAAAAGGGGCUGCAGCCUCGACAGUCUGUUACAGAUUACCUCAUGGCUGUGAAGGAGGAGUCCCAGCAGCUGGAGGAAGAACUGGAGUCCCUAGAAGAAAGGCUGGAAAAAAUUCAGAAAGUCCAUUUAAAUGGCACCAAAGUGAAGAGUAAGCAAAGUGAACCCAGCAAACACUCGGGGUUUUCUACCUCAGACAACAGCACAGCCAACACUCCUCAGGAUUACAGUGGGAACAUGAAGUCCUUCCCAUCCAGGAGCCCCUCCCAGGGUGAUGAAGAUUCUGCUCUGAUUCUAACCCAAGACAAUUUAAAAAGCUCAGACCCCGAUCUUUCAGUGAAUAGUGAUCAAGAGUCUGGGGUGGAGGAUUUGAGCUGUCGGUCUCCCAGUGGUGGUGAGCAUGCACCCAGUGAAGACAGCGGCAAGGACCGGGACUCUGACGAAGCUGUGUUUCUCACUGCCUGAAGUUUCCCUUUGGAGUUCCAAAGACAAACACUUUCAAAUUAAGGGGAAAGUGCAAUUCGUAAUAAAAAUGUUGAGAAAUGGCAAGUUCCAUCCAGAACCAUGAAAUUAGAGCUGCGAAAAUGAACAAAAAAUAACAAUGCUUUAUCAAUAGCCAGUUGUUUUAUCACAGUAUAAUAAAGACUGAUCACCAUUCCCAAGGCUCAUCAGACUAUGAAAAUGAUACUCACUACAAAGGACGUUUCUUCCCCUAAGGUUGUCCAGACAAGGCUUCCCUGGCACAGCAUGUCUCUGCUUCUAAAGCCCUCCUUUCUUGUCUCUCAUACCUGUUAAUGUUUGCAGUUUUCUUUUCACUUCCAGAUAUGGUUUGCGUUCAGAGACAUUUGACAUUUCCUUCUGCCUUUACCCAUAUUUUAAAAUAUAAGUACUGAAUACCUCUUUCUGUUAAUAAAUAUAUUCCUAAAAAGCUUUGAAAUUAAUCUCUUGAGUAUGAUAAUCAUUUUAUUUUACCCCUCUGGAGUAUCUUCUGCUUCUCAAAAAUGUCUUUCUUUAACAUGAAUGUAAUACCUAAUAACGCAGUAACCUCUCUCAUUUUCUCCAUCUCAAAUCUGAGUCCAGACAUCUCUUAGCAACCUUUCACUACUAUUUCAGAUAUUACACUUACCAAACCGUGAGGCACACCAACCUGAUUCCAAAUUACAACACUUUAAACUCAGUAGGUAAUAAUACAUCAGCAAGGGUCAAGAACUAGGGAAUUUGCUGAUCAUGUAGUUACUGUCCGCUUACUGUGAUAAGACACCACAACCAAGGCAACUAGAAUAAAGAAUUUAUUUGGGCUUACAGUUUCAGAGGGUUAGAAUCCACGGCCACCAUGGUGGAAGCAUGGCAGAAGCCAAGCAGGUAUGGCAUUGGAGCGGUGGCUGACAGCUCACGUCUCGAGACGUAACCAAGAGGCAGUGAGAGCUAACUGGAAAAGGCAUGGGCUUUUUGAAAAUUUAAAGGCAGCUCCCAGUAACAUACCCCCUCCAACAAGGCCACACUUCCUAAUCUUUCCUAAACAGCUCCACCAACCAGGAACAAAGCAUUCAAAUAGAUGAGCUUUUGGGGGCCAUCUUCGAACCCCCAACACAUCUGCUAAACACAGGGAAUAAAGGUUAUAACACUUUUCAUUUUACAAAUUAUAUAGAAAAUUAACGCUUUCUGUAACAUUAGCAAUAUCUCAUGACCAUGGACUACUGAAUGGCAUUUCUGAAGUUUCUGUUAAAAUACAUUUAAAAAAGGAUUUGAAUUACGCGUUUGAUCUGAAAACUCUUAAUGGAGAAAUAUUGCUGUGUUUGAACACUGAAAUGUUCUUAUGAUUUUGCAAUAUAAGUACAUUCUAAUAAAGAGAUACAUUUUAGUUUUUUUUAUAACAGUAUUUUAAAGUGUGAAAAUUUUUUAUCAGAUAAUGUAUUCAAAUUUUUUGGAAAUAGAGAUACAGUAAUAAGAAAGGACAAGAUACUGAAGACCUAGUGUGAGUCAUACACACAUAUCACAUAGUGUCAUACAAUAUAUAGUAUUCACAUUUGAAGACAGAAUGACUUUAAUAUACUAAAGGCCUGUAGUAUAAAAAUAUUGUUAAUAUAAAAAUAAAGCAAGUAUAAUGCCUUUAGAUGUUAAAUUGAGCAUUUUCUGUUGGAAAGUUUCCCAAUUAAGCAUAAGGAACAUUUACUCAUUUCCUAUAGAAUAUCUAAUAGCUAAUAAAAAUAAAGACAUGGGAUGUAGUGGGUAUGGCUUUUACAGCUUUAAAACAUGAAUCACUUCUUUUUCCUUUUUUUUUUUUUUUUUUUAAAGAUAACAUCUGACUGUGUAGCCCUGGCUGACCUCAAAACUCAGGGAUCUUCCUGCUUUUGCCACUUGAGUGUUGGCAUUAAAGGUGUGUGUCAUCAUGCCUGGCUUUUUUGACAUUUUUAUAGUACCUGCUCUUAGAAAUAUUGCUGCCUAAGUUUUUAUAGUAGACAGUAGGUCCACAACAACAAAGAAAAAACAUCAUCUAUGGCAAACUGGGACUAUGUAUGUAUUUUAAAUUAUUACUUUUUAAUGUGACACCUUCAACAUCAGAGCCACACCCUUUUUGUUCCCUUCAUCCUUUUACAAGACAUAAUUUAGGUAUGUGUCCACGGAGUCUUUUUUUUUUUUUUUUUUCUUUUAACAAAUCAACACUAAAGCUAGAUACAUGCUUACUGUUGCCUCUCUUUUCAGAGUCCCUGAAUAAAUCAUGGCCAAUUCAACUAAAAAUCUCUAGUACUAUAUGUUCAUUCUAAAUGAAACUUCAGUCAUGAAGUGUUUUAUUAUUUAAGGUAGAGUUUCAGAGAAUACGUCAAUAUAUAACUGACUCAAGACAUUACUUCCUGACCAGUAAUAGUUAUAGCUCAAGUGACUUAUUACUUAGUAGCACUAAAGAAUGUUGAUCAUGUUUGAACAAGUCAUUUGACAAUUGGAAACUUCCUGAAGUGAGAGGACAGAACAACAGGCGUCCGGCCUCCCUCUACCUUGUUUGUAACAAGGGCCUCGGUUGCUGCCAUUCUACCCACUAGGAAAACUGGUCUGAAAGCUCCCUGGAAUGAAUCUCUCACUCUCCUCUCCUGUGUAGGAGUAAUGGAAUUAGUUACAGACCUGUUCCACCAUGUACCAGGUUUUUAUACAGGUCCUGAGGAUUUGAACUUCGGUACCUCAUGACACACAGGUUAGCACCGAGCACCUCCCCAGCCCAAGUUUUCAUUCCUUAAGAGGAUGCAGGUCAGCUAGUAGAGUGCCUUCCUCACAGGCAUGAAGCUGAGCCCAGUCCCAGGCUCCACAUGAACUGGGGUUGGUGAUACAAGCUUAGGCUCCUAGCACUCAGGAGGUGGAGGAUCAGGACCAGGUCGUCCUCAGCUACAUCAAAGUUAGAGGGCAGUCUGGGUUAGAAACUCUGCCUUAAAAGAACAGAAAGCACAAGCUUAAUCUAUUCUUUCUCCUACAACAGAAUCUUAGCUGUCCUUUAAUUUAAAUAUAUAAACUGUGGUCAAACAACCUUUGUUCUAUAUUGUGUUAAUUUAUUCUGAAAUCUACACCCAACUUUGACUUUACUGACUUAGUACUGUCCACCUGUAACUAUCUUUGACAAAUUCUACCCUGGUAGUCUAGUAAUUCCUAAGCUUUCCUUUACAGUCUUCCAUACUAUACACUAAAGUAAAAUCUGAACAUGUGCUUUGGUAUUCCUAUCUGUAGCCAAGUUUUACAAAAAAGAAAUAUGGUAUAAAAUUACAACCAUGUACUGCCUCCUGCAAAUAAAGAACUCAAAUUUA